AUAAAUUAAUCUUUUUUCCUGAUAAAGUAAUUAAAAGUUCUGCAGGCAAGCUUUGUCCACAGUAUAGUUGCAGAUUUUCCUGGGGACACCUGUCUUACCUGGCCUACCUGCUUUUGGCUCAAUGUAUAAACAAAUUUAGGAACAUGCUGACCUUUUAACCUGUAAAAGUGCUAAAAAUAUCGAAGCAGUUUAAAGCCUGUGAAGCGCGUCUAUUGAUCAGCUGUUUGCGCCCGGCUCCUGAUCGUGGAUAUAUUUUGUCUCUUUAUACUGUAUGUGCGAACGGAUAUAGCUGACUUUGUAUUACUGUCUUUUACAGGUGCAAACUUAAUUAUCAGGGAGAGGAAAUUGCUGCCGAACCCAGUGCCUGAGUUUGUGUCAGUGAUUGGGUCGUACCUCAAGGGUUCGUUCUGGAUUUACUGAUGUGAAGCCCCCCUCUGACCAUCAUGUGACAAAGGGAGACAUUCCGUCAUGGCAGGAUGGCACAGCCUCUCCGGGCACCUCUAUUUCAGAACAGCUGGAGGAAUCAGCCUUCUGAAGACAAAGAAACGUGUGUGGUGUGUCCUGGAAGAAAGCAAGAGCCAGUUAGUUUACUAUAGGAAUGAGGAGGAUGUCCACACCGGGAAAUCCCCCCUUGGGAGCCUCAGUCUGAUCGGUGCUGCCAUCUCAUUGGACCUGGACAACAACAACCAGUUCAUCAUUCUAUCCAAUGGCAAAGAACACCUGUUCACAGCGGAGAACCAUGAGUCGAUGAUGAUAUGGCUCCUGGGACUACAGGCCAGAAGAGAUUUGACUGUGUGCAAUGGAACAGAUGAGACAGAUGAAUGUUUACCCAAGUCGAGGCACAUAAACAAUAGAGCAGACGCAAUUGGAACAUCUGCCAUUAACAAGACUGCUGCGUCUGUGUCUCGCAGGAAGCAGAACUGGCACAGCAAGGUGCGAGCCACUGAGUCCUUUGACUCGGGAAUGACUCACUACCGAUCCAAAGGAGAACCAGAUAGCUUGGAAAGAUCCCGCUCCCUUCCUCCAGUAUUUGAAGCAGUGGAAUGUCCUCCUCUAUCAAUGAUCAAAACCCCUACAAAGUCCAGCAUGAGUAAAAGCUUUGAGGGGCGCCUGUCCAAAGACUCGGGGGUGGGACUCUCCUGCCAGAGCUGGAAGUUCUCCACACUAAGCCUGGACAAUCACCACAAGGUGCUGAGAGAACUCUGCAGGGAGGAGUCUAUCAGUAGUGACGAUGACGUGUUCAAGGAACUGAUGAACGAGGAGGCAGUGGGGUAUUCCGACCCCCACCCCCCAAAACACAUCAUCAACUCGCGAGUGGAGGAGGAGGAUGCUAAGCUAGAGGCAGGAGAACAGGGAGAGCUUAUAAAUGGAGACCAGAAUGUUGGAAGCUGCAGCUCUCUGUCCGUCUCCAGUGAUUCGGCCAUUGACAGAGGCGACACUUCCUCCACCGAGCUGGCCAAUCGCCUGGUGGAACUGGAGAAGGAACUCAUUUCAACAAAAUGUGAAUUGGCUAAAGUAAUGAACAGACAAGCUGGGCUGCAAGAACUAUUGGCUCAAAGGGACGACGCAAUUCGGUUCCUGGAGGGUAGGCUGGACACAUCAAACUUAGUGGACAAAAACUUGUCUGGGAAAUCGGGGAAAUUACCACCUGUUAAAAAUGAGAAGGAACUUCAAGAGAGACUCAGAAUUCUACAGAACCAAAACAGAUUCCUAAACGAGGAAGUGAAAAAGCUGGCCAAGUUAAGACAGACUGACAGGUCCACUUUCUACCAACAAGAGGAUAAAGUAAGAGCACUAGAGGCUGAAAUAGAGAAAUGGCGUCUGGAUUAUGUAUCCCUUAUCCAGUCCAGUAUCCGGUUCUCUGGAUGUGAUACAAUGGAUGAUGCGGAGCUUGUUCUGUUCGGAGGAGACAGGCAUAAGAGAAAAAUUCAGAGAUUGUUGGAGGAAGCCAGAAGUGUUAACCCUAGUCUUCCAACUUAUGAAAGCCUUGCCAAUGGCGAGGUCCAUGUGGACAGCUACGGAUUUCGGCAUGUGUUUGAGGACACCUCCAACGGUCUCCUACUUCACUACCUAUGUCAGGAGCUAACCCUACACUACUUGAUGCAGGCAGGGUCAUAUGAAGAGCAUCAGAGAAAGUGGACCCAUUUCAUGAGACUGCAUGGGAAAUCUAUGGCCAAUCAUUUGAAGGACAUGAAGUGUCUGUGUCGUGGUGGGGUUCCAGACCGAUUUAGAACUCAGGUGUGGCGUCAGCUGGUUCACUGUCAGGUGCGGGACAUAAUGAGCGCCAAGGGACAGCACUACUACAGGAACCUGUGUAACAUGCUGCCGGACUCUCCUUUGGCUGCCCGCUACAGAAAGCAGAUUUCUCUGGACUUAAUGAGAACCAUGCCAAACAACAUGAAGUUCUCUUCUCAAGGCUCAAAAGGGGUCAUGGACUUACAAGAUGUGUUACUGGCCUACUGUGUUCACAAUCCUACAGUUGGUUACUGCCAAGGCAUGAACUUCAUCGUGGGACUCGCACUGAUCUUUAUGGAUGCACAGGAUGCUUUUUGGACACUGGUUGCUGUCACAGAGAAGUACUUUCCCUGCCAUUACUUUGAUCAGAACCUGAUCGGGGCUCAGUCUGACCAGCAGGUGCUCAAAGAUCUCCUGGCAGAGAAACUCCCCGCCCUUAGCAGCCACCUGGAGUCCAUCGACAUUGAAAUCUCCACGGUCACUCUCAACUGGUUCCUGGCCAUUUUCUUUGACGCUGUACCUUUUCAGACUCUUCUUCGAAUUUGGGACUGCUUUUUACUGGAGGGCCCCAAGGUUUUGUUUCGCUUCGCACUGGCAAUUCUUAAGCUGCACGAGAAAGAAAUCUUACAGAAGACCGACACGAUCAGCAUCAUGAGACACCUCAAAGCUGCCGCCAAACUUACUUUUGAUGCAGAUGGACUCCUCAAGGUUGCAUUUGAGGGAAUCAAGAAUUUUCCUAGAAGAAAGGACAUUGCUACAAAACAAGCCUGCUAUCUGAAAAAUCUGAAGGAACAGAACAAGAGAAAGGAACUGCAGAGGCUUGCUUUUGCCGAGAGAGAGCACAUGUAUAUGACCAUGGAGUCAGAGAGUGGAAACUAUCAGAAUCUGGGUGCUGCUGUAGUGAUUGAGGAGGGGAAAGUAUGGUUGACUUAUGGAGAACAAAAUUCUGCAAGAUUAUGCAAGGUCACUUGUGAAGAGGGAGUAAUGUAUGACCUUGGAAUGGACUUUGAUUCUCGGGUGAUGUGCAUGGAGAAUGCACAAGACAGUGUUGUGCUUAUGGGAACCCUUUCUUGGAUGUUGUAUGCUUAUGAUUCAAAGACAAGGGAGAAGUUGUGGGAGCUGCUCCUCCAUGAUGCUGUCUUGUCUCUGUGCUGCUAUGAAGAUGAUGACUCCAUGUUGGUCAGAACAUUUGCAGGCCUGGCUGAUGGUACUCUUGCUGUCACUGAGCAACAAGACAUAAGGAAAGUUUUUCCAAGCAAUGAUGUGUUGUACAUUCCGAUUGGUCAAGCUCCGAUCUCUUGUCUUUUGUUAUUGGAUGACUUCCUUUGGUGUGCAAGUGGCAACAGUGUCAACAUAAUUCAAGCAAGAACUCUGGAUCCAAUAGACACCUUCAAUGUGUCCGUCAAUCCCUAUGACCACAUUCUGUCCAUGGUGCCGGGAGACUAUGGAGUCUGGGUCACACUGAGAGGGUCGUCAAUCCUAGAGCUGUGGGACCCCAAAAAUCUCAACUGCAAGCUUUUGUAUGACACCAGGACAGAUCGAUACCCACAGCUUAGAAAGGAAGAUGAUACGUACUUCAACAGGGCAAGAAUAACAGCCAUCAUGGAUCUAGGAUCAACCGUUUGGGUUGGAACAGGAGAAGGCAAUCUAAUUAUAUAUGAAAUUCUGGAACAUCUUAAUCUGAAAACACCAACUGAGGUAUCUCCAACAGCAGAACACUGGAAAGAACUGAAGGUCUCAUCACCAAACAAUAACAAGCAGAUCUCAAAGACCAGAUCGGUCAUCAAAAGUAAAAGUUCUCCAGUGUUAUGCAGCAAGCAGAUCAGGAAAAAAUCUCCAAGAAACCAUCAUCUGUCAGGGAGUGACUCAAAUAAACCUGUGCUGCCAGUUAAAUCAGAACUGAUUAACAAACUGAUGAACAGCUCCGAGGCGGAAUCCACAGGGAGCCUUACGCCCAAGAAUUCCUCUCCUCGUCAUCCGGCUUUGAGGGACAAAAAACUUGUCAGCCAUAAAACUGUUAUCAAUGGCAGAAAAGAAGAGGAGGCAUUGAGUGGUCAGAAUGGGCUUGAUUUGCAGGUUGGAGAAAUGCUUAUUGGGCAAGUUGAGUCAGAUUCGGACAGUGAUGAGGGUACUUAUUAUUCAGAGGGAGAGGAGUCGGACAGUCCAUUGUAUGAAGUUCAUCAGAGCAAAGUGCCAUGUACAAUUGAUGUUGAAAACCAAGAAAAGAAGGAAACUGUAGACUAUGUUCCAAAGAGGACCAAGGCAGUUAGGCCCACAAACUUCCUGCCAACCAAAAAAGCACAAAGGUCUGGCAAAAACAGGGAUAUUUCUAGUCAAGAUAAUCUGGAUUGUUUAGUUCAGCAGCUAAUUGAUGUUAAUAGAAGAGGGUCUUUGGAUAAAGCCAUAAAGAAUUGUGUUCAGAUGUCAAAAUCAUGUGAGUGCUUAACUUUUGACAAUUCACUUUCCAAUGGAUUGGUGGAUACCAAGUCUGAACAUUCAGACCAGCAAGAUGAUUGUGGCUUCCUGAAUGACUGCUCUGUUAGUAAAACAGGACAGAGCCCCAUGGCAGGGGAGGAGUUUCAGAAAGGGGCUCUUCAAGAAACCAUUUCCUGUGACAACAAAGUAAUGUCUCGCCAUCAUAAAGUCAACUCUUGGCUAAGCUCCAUUGACGACUCUCAGACCUGUGAAUCGGAACACGAAGAAAUGAAAGAGAAUGGAUUUCACUCUAAAGAUGAAGAAAACAUUUGGCCAGGAUCAAAAAGCAACAGUGAAGAUUCACCAGUUCAAGACAUAGGUAAAGAUAUUGUUUGCAAUGGUACAAACAGUACACAAGAGACACCAGUGAGUGAAACUACUUCCAACACAUGUACCAGCAUGAAUAAUGUGGAAAUUUCCAUGGAGAGGAGGAGUAGUCGUGUAUCAGAAAUAAUGACCAGAGUUUUAGGUCGUAGAAAAUCAGAGGAUAAAAGUCACGACACAAGCAGCGAUAGCGAGAGGCCUGAUGUCCAGGUGUCCAGAUCCAACGCCAUAGAAGUCAAGUACCAUUUAGAGUUCUCAGAGAUGCAGGUACUGACCGAUGCAGAAGGUGAUCUCAGUCGUCGAUCCAGCCAAGUUCGCCGGGGAAGCAGUGAGGUUUCCAGCGAGAUAGAGGCCAGACUUAUUGCACAGAUGUCCAAGCUAGACAACUGGUCCCUCCACAACAGUAAGUCCAGCAUCUCCUCAAGUCCGAAAAUCCUGGAACUGAUGCAGACUCCGAGCCUGGCCAGUCGACACCAGUCUGUGGGGCGAGUUUCCAGAGAACUGGUCCCUGGAGACCUUGGUGCCAUCAGUCCCCGCAGCUCCAUGGAUCAGAGGGUGGUGGAUUUCCUCAGGACCCCUAGCAUCAGUAGCAGACCCAGCUCAGUGUGGUCGAGUUUUGAGAACAUUUCCACCCCUUCUGUGAAAGAUCAGGACUUCAUUGGCAGACAGUUCACUAACAUCAGCAGUUAUCUAACUCAUACUGACAGCUCUAACUCUCUCAACAGCAUGGCUGAGGCUCUCUGUGUUGUGGAACUGUCCAUGGAAGUCAAAGUCAAAAUUGCUGAUAAACCUGUCAGAGGAUUUUUGAAAACAAGAAACUGUGGGGAGCCAUCUAUCCUUAGUUUUACUGGUUGCUAUGGAGAUGAUGAGUCGGUUUUGAAAUGGAGAAGAGAUCCAAAUGAAAAAUUCUGGACCAAUGAACCAGUGUUAGAGAUUUGUCCAAAAACCAAACUGACCCGUCUCCCUAGUUACAUGAGGGGUCGACUAUCCAGUACUUCAUCUCAAGCCAGCACCAAGAGUUUCCACAGCCUGACCUCCCAAUCAAAGUGAGAGGGAGGCGGCAUUUUCGAAUCAUUGCCCGCACAAGGUGCUUUGACGUAUCCUCAUGCUCUGGAAUCAUAGUUUUGCCAUUAAUACCUUAAAUUUUCAGCAUUUCGUUGAAUAUUUCGCUUAAUGUCAUAUCACUAUUAAAAGACGAGUGCUUUCUUCAUCUUUACGCUGCAUUUGUGCUAAUAGUUGUCAUAAAACUAUAUUUUGUAAUUCAAGUAUAUGUAAGAAAGCUGUUUAUAUAGAAUUCAAUCGUUUGACAUAAAAUUCUACAAGAUUAUUUUGAAUCGAUGUCAUUUAGGGUUCAUUCGUGUCAUGAAGGGUUAUAUGUAAUUACAUUAAUAGUUAGAAGGAAUUACUGAUUUAGACCUUCAAUAAUAGUAUAGAUAAAAUGCUAAGAGGAAUUUUAAAUUUCUGCACAAAUCUUGUGCCUUCAACUCCAAAGUUGGAAACAAACUCUCUUUUAUAUGUGCAUGAUGUAUAUAUAGAACUGUCAAUUCAGAAUCCAUUGCCCUUGUGUUCUAGCUAAGUUUGAAUUUAAGUAAUCUCAAGAGAUUUUCUGAGCUUUUAUGCAGUUUAUUUUUAAUGUGUAUGUAUCCUUCGCAUUUUGAAAUUUUCCAUACACUUUUAUAUGAAUUUUGAUGAUCAGAGGUCAAGUUUUGGUUUAACUUUCUUUUUCCAAUGCUUAAGGCUUCUGAAUUCACAGUUGUUGAAAGUGUAAGGUUGCAGGCAAGACAACGGGACUUAAAAAUCUACACAAUCUAAAUAAAAAUAUAUAUACACACACACAAUAUUAUGUGCUUAUUUUAGAUUCUUACCUGUUACUGCCAAAAAUUUCUUGUCCUCCUUUGGAGCACUAGUUACUCUUAAGCUUCAAAUAGUGCAAUAGACGACUGCUUUACUCACUUGAGUUUUUUUUUUUUAAAUUGUAAUCCAAUGUACAAAGGAAUGUCCUUGCAAUGUUCAGUUUUGUAAACAAGGCAAUAUUAAUCAUAGUGCAAUGAUUUUACAUCAAGUUUUAUAUCCUAUUAUAAACGGGGUUGAAUAAUUUAUUUCUUACUGUUUGCCUAUUUUCAACAAUUUUUCCCAAAUGUUUUGUGUUUUGCAUGUAGAGAUUAUUUUUCCAUCAAAUGAAACUUUUUGAUUGUUGAUUCAUACUGUAUUUUUCCAAUCCAAUUAUUAUUGAUUGUUGAUUCAUACUGUAUUUUUCCAAUCUAAUUAUUAUUUGAUAUGUACUUGAAAUGAAGCCAAAUUUUUGACACAGUUACCAAUCCUGUUUCCAGUUUCCAAUCCUGUCAUGGGAACUGAUUUAAUAUUUUCAUUGCAUGUUUGUACAAAUGCUGAUUAUCAAAAUCAGUGUUAGGAAUCUCACAUUGAACUGUAUGUAUAAAAUGACGUGUUUUUCAGCGACUGACAUUGUUUGUAUAUACCUGUAGUCAUGGUGAAGGCUCUGACCCUGUGUAAUGAGAACGAAAUGCAAACUGACUAAAAAUAUUCUGUGGUUUUGGUUAAAUCAUAUUUGAAUUUUGAUUCAGUUCAGCUAUACUUAUCCUUGUAAAACAUAAUAUUUUGUCAGCUUGCAUUUAGAAUGAUCAAAUGAGUCUGUCCACAUUUGUUGGAAUUUGUUGUUGAUUGUUAUGUAUUAAAAUUGUUGAUACUCAAA